AUGAGAGGGGCACCUUCACCAGAAUACCUUGCUACCCUAUUCAUUUAUUACGAAGACGGGCAUUUCAUCGAACUGUUAAGGAAGGUUAAAAAUGCCUGGGAAAAUGUUGUUCGAGCAGAAAAGGACUCGAGGAGUGGAGUGGUGGAUAGCAGGUUGUUACGAAAGAAUCAGGCUGUGGUAUGGAAUGAGGAUUGUCAGGCCGCUUUUGAAAGAGUCAAACAAUACUUACAGGACCCUCCUGUAUUACGUCCACCGGAACCGGGAAGACCACUCAUUUUAUAUUUGACUGUAUUGGACAAGUCAAUGGGUUGUGUGUUGGGUCAGCAUGAUGAAGAUGGCAAAAGAGAGCACACUAUAUAUUACUUGAGCAAGAAAUUCACAGACUGCGAACAACGAUAUUCAUCGUUAGAACGGACUUGCUGCGCAUUGGCGUGGGCUGCUCAUCGUUUAAGGCAAUAUAUGUUGAGUCAUUCCACAUGGUUGAUAUCCAAGAUGGAUCCUAUCAAGUAUAUUUUUGAAAAGCCUGCUCUUACUGGAAGGAUAGCUCGAUGGCAGAUGCUAUUGUCAGAAUACAACAUCACAUAUGUCACUCAGAAAUCUGUCAAGGGGAGCACACUAGCAGAAUACCUGGCUCAUCAACCCCUUUGUGAUUAUCAACCAAUGCAACCUGAAUUUCCCGAUGAGGGUAUCAUGGCCUUAUUCGAAGAGAACAAAGAAGACCGAAACAAAAAAGCAUGGACAGUGUUAUUCGACGGAGCCUCGAAUGUGAUGGGGCAUGGAAUAGGGGCAGUGCUUAUCUCCCCAGAGCGUCAGUAUAUACCAAUGACGGCAAGGUUGUGUUUUAGCUGCACGAAUAACAUCGCUAAAUAUGAAGCCUGUGCCAUGGGUAUUCGAGCAGCAAUUGAGUCUAAGGCAAAAAUUCUGGAUGUGUAUGGAGAUUCAGCUUUGGUCAUCCAUCAAUUGAAAGGAGAAUGGGAAACUAGGGAUACAAAAUUAAUCCCCUACCAGGCUUACAUAAAGGGAUUAAUGGAGUAUUUCGAUUCCAUCACAUUUAACCAUAUACCGCGAGAAGAUAAUCAGUUAGCAGACGCACUGGCUACCUUGUCAUCAAUGUUUGAGGUUGAUCAAGAUGCAGAAUUACCAAGAAUCGAAAUGAAAAACCAUGUAGAGCCAGCAUAUUGCCACUUCAUCGAGGAGGAGUUAGACGUCAAACCUUGGUACUUUGAUAUCAAGCGUUAUCUUAAAACCCGAGAAUACCCUGAGAAUGCGUCUGAAAACGAUAAAAGAGCACUAAGAAGGUUGGCUGGCAGUUUUAUCUUAAGUGGGGAUGUUUUAUACAAGAGAAACCAUGACAUGGUUCUCCUCAGAUGUGUGGAUGCAAAGGAAGCUGAGCUGAUAUUGAAAGAAGUGCACGAAGGUACAUUUGGUACACACAUGAAUGGACAUUCGAUGGUUAGGAAGAUCUUAAGAGCUGGUUAUUUCUGGUUGACCAUGGAAAACGAUUGCUGCAUACACGUAAGAAAGUGUGAGAAAUGUCAGAUAUAUGCAGAUAAUAUCAAUGUGCCGCCUGCAACCUUGAACGUGUUGUCUGCACCCUGGCCUUUUUCAAUGUGGGGAAUANAUGUCAUCGGAGCUAUAGAGCCAAAAGCGUCAUAUGGGCAUCGCUUCAUACUAGUCGCAAUCGACUACUUCACUAAGUGGGUUGAGGCUGCUUCAUAUGCCAACGUGACUAGAAAGGUUGUGACUAGAUUCAUAAAGAAGGAGUUGAUCUGUAGGUAUGGGCUACCUAACAAGAUCAUCACUGAUAACGGUCUGGUCGCCAUUUGCCCGAUGAAGCCUGUACAGCCGCCAUACCCUAGGGGUUAUGACGCAAAUGCCAGGUGUAGUUAUCAUGCGGGUGGCGUUGGUCACUCGACCGAAGGAUGCAUGGCUCUCAAAUACAAGGUUCAAGCUCUGAUAGACUCGGGUUGGUUAAAGUUCCAAGAGGACCAGCCCAGCGUUGAUACUAAUCCAUUGUCCGGGCACGGGAGUUCCUCAACGAAUGCUGUCGAAGUUGAAAACCAUGAUCUGAUAAGAGAUGUAGGCAAAAUCAGAAGUUCUAGGAGAUUCAUUUUUGAAGCUUUGUUGAAGAAGGGCCUAGUGAAAGGCGACUAUGAUAUGGGUAUAGCGUGCGCACUACAUCCGGAGGCCGGGCACUCUAUUGAGGAAUGUAGGGAAUUCGAGAUUUUUCUACAGGACUUACUUGAUAAAAAUAUGAUGCAAGUGUGCCGCAAGGUCAGAGAGGAAGAAGUAUUUGCACAAACUGGUGGAGAAUCUGAUGUGACUCUGCCCGAACCUUUGGUGAUCCGUUUCACUAGGACCACCCCUACACUGGUAACUGAAGGAAAUUCGUCUGUUGUCAUCCGAGUGCCAACUCCUUUCCCUUAUAAGAACGAGAAAGUCGUCCCAUGGAGGUAUGGGGCAACUGCAUUAAAUGAAGGAAAGGAUGCAAGUCCGACUGUCGAAAACAUAUCAGGCAUUGGUGGAAUGACCAGAAGUGGUCAAAUCUUUACACCACCAGAAUUGGAGAGAGAAAGAGCCGACGAUAGGGAAGCAACAAUGACUGCAAAAGCAAAGGAGUUCUUGAAGGGGAAGAACGUGGAGGCCGAAGAGACCCCCGACAAAGAGGAGAAGAAGGAAAUCUCCGAGGAAGAGGCUGGUGAAUUCCUAAAGUUCAUACAACAGAGUGAGUACAAAGUGGUGGAACAGUUGAACCGCAUGCCUGCCCGGAUCUCCUUGCUAGAAUUACUCAUGCAUUCUGCCUCCCACCGAAAGUUAUUGAUGAAGAUACUCAGUGAGGCUCAUGUGGAGCAAGAUAUUUCUCUGAACAAGUUCGAGGGCAUUGUUGGCAACAUUGUUGCUAAUAAUUACCUCACCUUCACUGAUGAGGAGAUACCUGUUGAAGGAAGAGGUCAUAACAAAGCCCUUCAUGUCUCUGUGAAAUGCUUGGAUCAUGUGAUAGCACNUGUCUUAGUGGAUAAUGGAUCCUCCCUGAACGUCAUGCCAAAAGUAACCUUGGAGAAGCUACCCAGUGACGGAAUGCAUAUGAAGCCAAGUUCUAUGAUUGUGAGAGCCUUUGAUGGUAGUAAACGGGAAGUGAUGGGAGAGGUAGAACUGCCAGUCCAAGUCGGUCCGUGUGUCUUUCAAGUAACAUUCCAAGUCAUGGACAUCCUCCCGGCCUAUAGUUGUCUGUUGGGUCGCCCAUGGAUCCAUUCCGCGGGGGUUGUGCCUUCUAUACACUACACCAAAAGUUGA